AUGCAUUUCCUCAUAUUAUCUCCAAAAAUAAGCUUGCCAAAAUCUCUCCAACAACAGUUGGCUGAAGCUCAUCACGCCAUUGUCAACCUUCAACGAAAAUCUCAACAACAACAGCUUCAGCAGCAGACUCAACAACUUCAACAAGCCGCACUCUCAUCACCGCUCGAACAACGACAAAAACUCGUAGCACAACCAGAACAUCAAAAAGUACAACAAAUAAGAGUAGCUGCACGUAUGCGAAGAGAACUUUGA